AUGAAAGAAGAAAAAAAAAGCAAAAGACAAAUAUUUGAGUUGAUAGCACAGCAAGUAAAAGUAACGUCAGAUUAUUUCAGUUUGUCUCCGGGAAAUUGCCAAUUAUUGAACAUUGCAGUACAUCAAUGGGGAUCGGGACUAAGAGCGAAUAUUUGCAAAAAAGAGAAUGAAAUAAACAACAGAAAACCGAGCCCUUUUCGCAUCGAUUAG